CUCCUUCAGCAGAGUCUCUGCACAAUAAGUUGACUCCACUUUCUGGAAAACAUUGGAGGUCUUUGUCCUCCACAGUUAUGAAUUCUGACUGAACUUAGUGGCCAGAAACUGUGUCUGAUUUGUUUGUUUUCAAGAAAAAGCAGUUUGGGACCCUUUCCAGGUUCUGAGCUGCCUGGGAAGAACCCUUCCUCAUCAUGUCCUGUGACUCAGACCCAUACAUCUUCACCACCGACGCCCUACCCAGCGACCCUCGCUUCCUCCCUCCGCUGGCCAAUGGCAUUCUGGGCUGGAGGGUGUUCAACAAAAUCAUGCACAUGGGCAGUAUUUACAAUGGGGAGGGUGGUCGUUGCCACAGAGCUGACAUCCCCUGCCCUCUAGCUGUGAAGAUGGAGUCGGAAGAUGCUGCAACACACACCUACACCCUGGACACCCACAUCGGUAUUUUUACUCACACCCUGAGCUCAGGUAGUGCAACGGCCUCUCAGACUUUAUAUUCACACCGAUCCUGCCCCAACCUCAUGGUGAUGGAGGUCCUGCUGGUGCGCCAGGGGACCUCAGAGCGUCCCGUCACGGUUAACCUGGUCACUUCAUUCACCCCUCAGAGCUUAGACAUCGCUUUCGAGGAGCGUCCUGAUUACAAAGGAGGAAGCCACAUCCAGGGAAAAACGAGCACAGCCGAGAUCCCAGGAGGCUCCUGUCCUACGGUGCAUCUGAUCUGGACCGUCAUACCCUCCACUGUGGCGCUGAAACCGGGGCAGAGCCAGGCCCGCUGGGGCUUCAUCCUGGUCGUGGCCAACAGUUUGGAAUCUGCUCAGUCCAGUUACGAUGACGGCCUGAACCUGUUGGCGUCCGGCAACCUGCGUCCGUCUCACGAGAACGCUUGGAAGGAGCUGUGGCUGCAGAGCCAGGUGGAGGCCACAGGGUCGGACAGCCUCUGCAAGGCUCUGAUUGGAUGCAUUUUCUACCUCCUCAGUGCGUUCCCUUCCAUCCACGACACCUCCAGCUCUUUUGGCGGGGUCAGUCCGGGCGGGCUCUCCAAUGGUGGGUACGGUCAGGAUUACUGGGGGCAUGUUUUCUGGGACCAGGACAUUUGGAUGUUUCCUGGGAUAGCGCUGUUCUACCCAAAGCUGGCCCGAGCAGUGCUGGAGUACCGGGUGGGGACUAUAAGUGGAGCCAAAGACAACGCCCAGAAGCAGGGAUACAAGGGCCUGAAGUUCCCGUGGGAGAGCGCCGUGUCUGGGAGAGAGGUGUGUCCGGAGGACAUUUAUGGACAACAAGAGAUUCACAUCAACGGAGACGUCACGUUGGCCUUCCAACACUAUCUCUACCUCACCGAGGAUCUGUCCAUGUUCAGCGAGGGCAAGGGCAGCGAGGUGAUCUACGGGGUCGCUGAUUACUGGGUUUCCAGAGUGACAUGGGACCCCGAUGAGCAGAAGUAUCACCUCUUAGGUGUCAUGCCACCAGAUGAAUAUUACUCCAAUGUGAACAACUCUGUGUACACAAACGCAGUGGCCAAACUUGGUCUCCAGUUUGCGUUGGAGUUGGCCGAUCUCCUCCAACAUCCUGCCCCGAAAGAGUGGCAGGAAGUGGCCAAACAAUUCAAGAUCCCUUUCGACCAGGAGUUCCAGUACCACCCUGAGUUCGAUGGCUACAGUAAAGGGAGCCCAGUGAAGCAGGCGGAUACCGUUAUGCUGGCUUAUCCUCUCGGGCUGCCGAUGACUCCACAGGUCAGGAAGAACGACCUCGAAGCGUAUGAGCCAGUGACGGACCCCAACGGUCCAGCCAUGACAUGGGGUAUGUUUGCCAUUGGCUGGCUGGAACUCGGAGAGGCUGAGAGAGCUCAGCGUUUACUAGAAAAGUGCUUCAAGAACAUCCAGGGGCCGUUCCAGGUAUGGAGUGAAUCAUCAGAUGGGUCUGGUGCGGUCAACUUUCUCACGGGUAUGGGAGGAUUCCUGCAGGCUGUGUUGUUUGGUUACACAGGUUUCAGAGUUCAGAAAGAGUGCCUGGCUUUUUCCCCGAUUAUUCCUGACAACAUCACUGAGCUUUGCAUCCGUGGCAUGAACUACCUCGGCAGCCAGAUGGACUGGCUGCUCAGGAGAGAAGAAGUUUGUGUCAUACUGAGGGAACGCGAAGGCCUUGCAGGCAUCACCAGGCCCUAUAAUUUACAAGUCAUCCUGAAGGCAUCAGGAGUCAAAAUCCCUCUCACACCAGGGCAGCCGGUAACUUUUCCUCGGGGGCCUGGUUGUGUUUGUAAAGUGGAGACCACUUCCUUCUGCUGGCCUCUCUGAACCCGGGACGUGGACCCUCUUAAUCAACCAAUAUACCAAAGGUCAAAGACAUUGAGUGAUUGUUGAGCAAGUUACACCGAAUGCUGCAUUUUACGAUACGAACCAGUGUGAACAAACUGAACUCAAUAAAAAGAUGGAAAUUUGUCUUUUUUUUGUGACAUUAAUUAUAUUGAAAAAUUGAUUUUGAAAAUGUAAAUUAACUUUUUACGUUUGGUCUGAUUAAAAGAAAAAUGCAAAC